AUGGCGGCCAGAAAGGGCGUCAGCAUGGGCGCUCUGCACUUUGAAGAUCUGCAAAACACUGACCAAGAGAGCAAUAGCAUGUUGUCUACCCUAAAGAAGAGUGGGCCAUAUAACCACAAAGAAUACAAUGCUGGGAGUAGUGAUAACAAAGGAAGGAAGCGAAAUUGCAAUCGCCUCCAGGGUAAUUAUGGCAGGGAGAACCUUCAUGAUGAGCAUGGUAGGUAUGAAUGUGCACCUUCACAACGCCAGGACGGUGAUGAAUCUGUGGCCAUGAGGGAUGUACACCAGGAACAGCAGUUAAGACGAAAUCCCAGUGUUAUGAGAUGCAGCAAGAGGGGGAGACUGAAUGAUAAUCGUGACCGGAUGGAUAUGUGCCCAUAUAAAAAAUGUUCAGAGAGAGAAAUGAGGGAGGAAAUAGAGGAUGAAAUGUCUCCAUGCUGGUUCAAGGUCACAAUUCCCCAUGGGAGGAACUACAACAAGACAUGGCUGGUGAACUCAAUCCAGAACGAAUGUGCUGUCAACUUCACCCCGGUUGAUUUUCAUUACAGCCACAACCAGGCCCGGUUCUUUGUGCAGAAUUCUAUCACUGCAUUUGCACUGAAGAAUGUGAGCCGCAAGAUUUGUGAUAAUGAGAACCGAAAGAUACCUAUUUUUGUCCAUCGCUCUUCUGUACCCUACUCUGUGAAGAAUCAGUUGAAGCCAGAGGAAAUGCAAUAUCUAAAGUUGACCUUGAACAAACGAUAUGAUGCUUCCCAGCAAGCUCUGGACCUCCGAAAUCUCCGCUUUGACCCAGGCUUGGUUAUUCAUAAUAUUGACAUGAUCCUGAAUCGAAGACACUGCAUGGAUGCCACAUUGAAGAUUAUUGAAGGGAAUUUUCCUGAGCUGUUGUCUUUGAACUUGCGUGGCAACAAACUGUACCAACUAGAUGGCUUGUGUGACAUUACAGAGAAGGCCCCCAAAGUCAGGAUCCUGAACCUCUCCAAAAAUGAGCUGAAGACAGUUUUUGAAUUAGACAAAGUGAAAGAACUGAAGCUUGAAGAGUUAUGGCUAGAAGGGAACCCGUUGUGCGACACCUUCCCUAACCACACUGCCUAUGUAAGUGCCAUUCAGCGUUGUUUCCCUGAUUUGUUACGUUUGGAUGGCCAAGAGAUAGCCUCAUCCAUUGACAUUAAUGUUGCUCCUUCUGAGUUAGUACAACCCUGCAAGGAAAUGCCAAAAGAUAUUGAAGUGCUAAAGAGUCUGGUCUUGGAAUUCUUGCAGCAGUAUUACUCCAUCUAUGACCAUGGAGAUCGCCGGAGUCUCCUCGGUGCUUAUCAUGAGGAAGCCUGCUUCUCGCUCACCAUUCCCGUGAAAUCCACGGACCAAGUCCCGAAUGGCCUGUGUGAGUAUCUCAAGAACAGCAGGGAUAUCAUGAAUGCCAAGGACCCCUACUUGAGAAGGCAGCUGCUUAAGCACCCAAAUCAUCACAUUGUAGACACCCUCAGUUUGUUGCCAAAAACAAGACAUGACUUAAAAUCCUUCUCAAUAGACAUGUGGCUCUAUACGGAAAUGAUGCUCUGCUUUUCUGUCAGUGGGGUGUUUGAGGGAGAAAGUGAUUCUCAGGAUUCUGCAUUCGAAUUCACCCGGACUUUCACUGCUGUCUCUGGCGACAGUUUCAGUCUACGCAUUGUGAAUGACCAUUUAGUUGUGAGUGGCAUCAGCACCAGGACACCUCAAAGCACAGUUUCAAUCCCAGAAGACACACCGAGCUCCAGUUCCAUUCCCAUCCUCUCAGAGUUGCAGCAGCAAAUGGUGCAGUCUUUCUCCACACAAUCUGGGAUGAAAUUUGAAUGGUCUCAAAAGUGCCUUGAGGAGAAUGGAUGGGACUAUACCAGAGCAGCACAGAACUUCAUUAACCUCCAGGGCUCAAUUCCAAAGGAAGCCUUCAAUCAGAGUACCUAAAUGGAACCCUUAGAUAUCAUCUUCAUCUUUAUCCACAUCAUCUUUAGUUCUUUUUUCUGCUGAAGUCACAUUCAUGACUAGAAUUGGAGACUUUACCAUCUGGGAUGCAAGAGUUCAUUAAAAACCAUUCAAAAACACAUCUCUUUCUU